AGGAGGGUUCUUGAUUCCGUAUCUCAUCAUGCUGCUUCUGGAGGGAGUCCCCUUGUUCUAUAUGGAGCUCGCCAUUGGUCAGAAGAUGCGAUUAGGCAGCAUUGGAGCAUGGUCUGCCAUCAGCCCAUAUCUGGGAGGUGUUGGUCUCGCUAGUGUGAUGACAUCCUUGUACCUAUGUCUAUAUUACAACAUCAUCAAUGCAUGGAGUUUUUGGUACCUCUUCCAGUCCUUCCAAUCAGUCUUGCCCUGGGCAGUUUGUCCAAUAAACUCCAACAAAACAGGACCUAUAGAGGAAUGUGAAAAGGCUACACCUACCCAGUACUUCUUCUACAGGGAAACACUGAAUAUCUCCUCCUCCAUUGAGGAAAAUGGAGGUAUUCAUACUGGUCAGGCGCUGUGCCUGCUGCUGGCAUGGGUGAUUACGUACCUGUUCAUUAUCCGGGGAGUCAAGUCAACUGGAAAGGUUGUGUACUUUACUGCCACAUUUCCUUAUGUGGUUCUCUUUAUCUACCUGAUUCGGGGGAUUACUCUGCAUGGAGCAGUCAACGGUAUCAAGUACAUGUUCACACCAAAGAUGGAACAACUUGCCAAUCCUACUACUUGGAUCAAUGCGGCCACUCAGAUCUUCUUCUCACUGGGUUUGGGUUUUGGGUCCCUGAUAGCCUUUUCCAGCUACAACCAGUACCACAACAACUUUGAGCGCCAGGCCAUCAUUGUGUCUCUCAUCAACAGUGGAACUUCCAUCUUUGCCAGCAUUGUCACCUUUGCUAUCUAUGGAUUCAAGGCUACUGUCAACUAUGAGAAUUGCCUGGACAGGACUCGCCUAUUGCUGCUGAACACCUUCAGUCUGGCUGAAGAUAGCAUCAGUCAAGACACGGUCUUUGAGUGGAUAGAGAGGCUGAACUCAACAUACCCGCAGCAGUUCGCUGAGAUCUCCGGCCAGCUGGAGGACUGCAACCUCGAGGGUGAACUAAACACUGCUGUGGAGGGGGCAGGUCUGGCUUUCAUAGUGUACAGUGAGGCCAUUAAGAACAUGCCUUUGUCUCAGUUCUGGUCUGUGCUGUACUUCUUCAUGCUCCUGCUGCUGGGAAUGGGGAGCAUGCUUGGCAACGUCACAGCCAUCAUCACCCCACUGCGCGACUUCAAAAUCAUCUCCCGCCUGAGUACUGAGCUCUGUAACGGGAUAGUGUGUGUGUUCUGCCUGCUGCUUGGCCUGGGCUUCACCACCACAUCCGGGAAUUACUGGUUUACCAUGUUUAACGACUACGGAGCCACUUUCUCGCUGCUGUUUAUCGUCCUGAUCGAGGUCAUCUCAGUCAGCUACAUCUAUGGAAUUAAAAGGUUUGAAAAAGACAUAGAGGACAUGCUUGGUCAUCGUCCCAGCUGGUUCUGGAAGAUUAUGUGGGCAGGAGUGAGUCCCCUUCUACUUAUUGGCCUCUUCCUAUUCUAUAUUGUCAACUACAUCCAGGGAGGGACGCCCACCUACCAAGCGUGGGACAAAGAUCUGGGUAAAUCAGUUAAGGUGGAGUACCCUAUCUUUGGCCAAGUCUUCAUUGGGCUGCUGCUGGUGUCAUCAGUGAGCUGCAUACCCCUCACAGCUCUCUAUGCCUUCUGUCAAAAGAGAAGAUACGGGAAUCACCACAAGCAGCAGCAAACUGUCAGCACAGUUACUCCUUAGUGACCAGACUUAGUGCCGAGGACUGACCUCCUGCCAUGAUGCUCCAUCACCCGUCCUACACCUCAUCUUGUCUGUGGCCACCAGACAAACAGCACCAGUGUAUAUCUGAAGACUCCUAUAUGAAGAAGUACAAAAGUUUGACUAGUCAGACAUUGUUUAAAAACCUAUUCCAACAUAUAGCUUUACAUAUACAUAAGUUAAUUGAAAUUGGAGUAGGAUAAUAAGUGGUCGAAUGUAGAUUUUUAGCUUCCACGAUGAGCUUUCAAAUGUAGCGGUUGAUAACCUUUUUAUAAUAUCUUAAGCUUUGUAAAGAAGUCAUGCUGCUUCACAUUCAGACUAAAAUGUUCAUUUUCCUGAAUGAGCCACACCAUGAAUGGAUUAAUCAGUGAAGAGUGUUUCUAAAACUGAAAUUGAACAGUUAGAUUGUAACAGCACUGGGUGUCACUGGCAUCUGUCUGUUGACAGUUUUCAGUGGAACGUGAGAAAAAGAGGAGCUUGUUUCACUAUCACCAAAACAAUAUAUAUUUUUAAAGGACAAAGGUCUUUUGAAAUGAAUGUGGGAGCAGUUGCAAAAACUAAUCACGACUGUAUUUUGUUUCGCUUUUUGAUACCAUGAUUGAAGUGUUGUUGAAAUGAUAGUCUAUUCAUUGAAAGAUAGCUUUCUUUAUUGCAAUAAUGAGCAGAUGUAAACGUGCCGACUUUGUAAGAAGGUGUAAAAAAAUGUACUUUUCUGGCAUAAGUAUUUUUUGAUAACUAGUUUUAUAUCUAUUUUUUUAUCUCUCCUUGCUAACAGACUUUAAUCAUUAACCAAAAAGUACUAUUUUAAUCCGUAGUAGCUCUGUUACAUCAAACAUGAAUUCACAACAGAAGCCUUUCAAAUGUACAGUCUUAAAUACACUGUAGGUAUUUGUUAUCAAUAAAAAAAAUUGUCGACCAUUAAGUACUUGAUAAGAUGCUAUGAUAAUCUGUGGCAAUGAACUCCCAUUAAGAAAUAGUUAAAUGCCAAUUAUCAAUAAUACAUCAUAUCUCACGGGUCGUCAUUUGUUGUCUUUUUCAGAUUUAUGGGGAUGUGUUUUUUAUCAAAUAAAUAUUAGGCUCAUGCUUAUAAUUGUAUGUAUUCUUGUUGUUAAUAUCUUGUGAAGACCUCUUCUAGU